ACACUUCAAAUCACUCAAAACAGAGAGCUUUUUGUCCGACAAGGAGGAACUCUGUGGCGGACUAUGGCCGCUUUCUUACAAGCCGCCGUCACCACCGUGCAACCCGCCAGGGUGGAUCCACCACCUCGGGCCGCCGCAAAGCUCCGGAUGUGCGUCUCUAAAUACUUUGGAGUUGAGCCGGUGGCGAGCCGCGUCUCCUGCUCCCUCCACGACGAUCUCAAGAACUUAACUCUGAAAUUCGUUGAUACUACUAAGAUCGCUGGUUUUUCACUCGCCGCCUCCGCUCUUGUUGUCUCGGGUGCAAAUGCAGAAGGCGUGCCAAAGAGGCUAACUUUCGACGAGAUACAGAGCAAGACUUACAUGGAAGUGAAAGGAACAGGAACUGCGAAUCAAUGUCCAACCAUUGAAGGUGGCUUGGAGUCAUUCGCCAUAAAGCCAGGCAAAUACUACGCCAAGAAAUUCUGCUUAGAGCCAACUUCAUUCACCGUAAAAGCUGAAGGAGUUAGCAAGAACUCUACGCCCGAUUUCCAAAACACAAAGCUCAUGACUCGUCUUACCUACACACUCGAUGAAAUCGAAGGCCCUUUCGAAGUAGCUUCUGAUGGAAAGGUGAAGUUUCUAGAGAAAGACGGUAUUGAUUACGCUGCAGUGACAGUACAACUUCCUGGUGGCGAGCGUGUACCGUUCUUGUUCACGAUCAAGCAGCUUGUGGCAUCGGGUAAACCAGAGAGCUUUGGAGGAGAUUUCUUGGUGCCAUCUUAUAGAGGGUCGUCUUUCUUGGAUCCUAAAGGCCGUGGUGGCUCUACGGGCUACGACAAUGCGGUUGCAUUACCUGCUAGAGGAGACGAUGAGGAGCUAGCUAAAGAGAACAGCAAGAACACAGCUGCUUCACUUGGUAAGAUCACACUUAGUGUCACAAAGAGUAAUCCCGAGAGUCGUGAAGUGAUCGGUGUUUUCGAGAGUAUUCAGCCUUCGGAUACUGAUUUGGGUGCUAAGACUCCUAAGGAUGUCAAGAUCCAAGGAAUCUGGUAUGCCCAACUUGAGGAAUAAAACAUUGAUUGUCUAUAGAAUCUCUUUGUUUUCUUUUUCUGUAAAUGUUGUUAUGAUUAAAGAAUAUUGAUUCCAGUUCAUUGUACAUGUGGAACUCCAUUUGGUAAUA